AACAUUACAGAUGGCGCUAAGAUGAAUGGAUAACGAAGUUUGAUUUUUCGUGAAGUAGUGUGUAAUGGCUCCAGUGUUCAGGCACUGUCCAUGUUUUUGGUCAGAAACUUAUGAUAUUCAAGUGCUGGAGUACAGUCAUUGUAGUCUGAAUGAUGUUCCUAGUGAAGUGUUUGCCUAUGAACGAACCCUUGAAGAACUAUUUCUUGAUGCCAAUCAGAUAAAGGAUUUACCAAGGCCAUUAUUUCACUGCCAUGGCUUGAAGAGGCUGGUGUUGAAUGACAAUGAAAUUCAGUCCAUUCCCCCAGCAAUAGCAUCACUUAUAAACUUGGAGAGCUUAGACAUCAGCAAAAAUGCAAUUCUUGAAAUUCCUGACAAUAUUAAAGGAUGCAAGUGCCUUCAUAUCUUUGAAGCAAGUGUAAACCCUCUUGGAAAGUAAGUCAGUCUCUUUAUAUU